CCCGCCCUGCCUGCCCGCGGGCACAGGCCGGUCAGCGCGAGGCGGAGUCUGCAGCGAGAGACCCAGCGGCGGCACACACUUAAAUUACGUGCCCGGCGCGAGCAGGAGCAGCAGCAGCCGCCGCUCCGGCACUGAGGCACCGCAGCGCAGCCCUAGACACCUCUGCUGCUGCUCGCCAUGGGAUCCGCCGCCGAGCAGCCGGGCAGGGCCACGGGCCUCGUGUCCAGUCUGCUGAACGACACCCUCGAGUUCUACCGCUGGAGCUGGAGCAUCCGAGACAAACGUGUUGAUGACUGGUUCUUGAUGCAGACUCCAUUUCCAACACUGACUAUAAGCACUCUUUACCUCCUCACUGUCUGGCUGGGUCCCAAGUGGAUGAGGAGAAGAGAACCCUUCCAGUUGCGCUUCUUGCUGGUUAGCUACAACUUUGGAAUGGUUCUACUUAACUUCUAUAUUUUCAAAGAGCUAUUUUUGGCAUCCAGAGCUCGAGGAUACAGCUAUGUCUGCCAGACUGUGGAUUAUUCAGAUAAUAUUUAUGAAGUCAGGAUAGCUGGUGCUUUAUGGUGGUACUUUGUCUCAAAAGGAAUUGAGUACUUGGACACAAUAUUUUUCAUCUUGAGGAAGAAAUUUAACCAAAUCAGUUUCCUUCAUGUCUAUCACCAUUUCACUAUGUUCACCUUGUGGUGGAUUGGUAUCAAGUGGGUUCCAGGAGGACAAGCUUUUUUUGGAGCCCAAAUGAAUUCUUUUAUUCAUGUUGUUAUGUACAUGUACUAUGGAUUAGCUGCCUGUGGCCCUAAAUUUCAGAAAUAUCUGUGGUGGAAACGAUACUUGACCAUAUUACAAUUGAUUCAGUUCCACGUGACUCUUGGCCACACAGCCAUGUCUAUUUAUAUCGACUGUCCCUUCCCUAAAUGGAUGCACUGGGGUGUAAUGAUCUAUGCCGUCACCUUUAUUUUCUUGUUUGGUAACUUCUACUAUCGGACAUAUAAAAUGCCCAAGGAACCCAUUAAGAAUGGCAAAAUAUUGAAUGGUGCUGUUGCAAACGGUGUAAGCAAACUAGAAAACAAUCUAGUGGUGGAAAAUGGAAAAAAGCAGAAAAAGGAAAAAGCAAAAGGAGAGUAACUUAUCCAGGCCUUAACCAUUGCUGGCAGUGGGGAACCUCCAGUUUGGUUUAAAAAGAAAAAGGAAAAAAAAAGAAACACAAUGUACCAAUUAACCCUUAGGUUACCGAAGAGCUAGAACACAGAUAUUUUCAUUAUUUAUGAAGAUUGUUUUAACAAAAAUACUUCAAGUUAAGUUUCUGUUGUAAUUAUGUAAUUAUCAAGCAUUUGAUGAUCUCUGUGUAAACUUUUAGAUUGCUGGUGCUGGUGAAUGUAAGAAAGAAUUGCAGUAAAUAACAUGUUUUAGCAGUCCAAAGGUUAAUAUUACUAAUGAUCCAAUGAUUUGUUGAAGCCCACAUUUCUAUGUGGAAAAAGGCAGCUUUUGAAUAUUUCUGUUUCUGCCAGAAAUUUAUUAAAUUCCAAAUUAUGAUGUUGUAUGUUUUUAUCUGAAAAUACAAACUCUCUUAUCAUUAAUUAGAGAUAUCUCAAGACACAGUUAUGUUUAUAUGCUGAACAGAAUCUGUUGACUUAUCAGACUCUCCUUGUUUUGAUUUAGUGUCUGCUACAAUUUUUCUUCUAUUGUGGAAAUAUACCUACCUCUUAAUCUGCUGAAAAGAACAUUUAACAUUAAAUAACUUUAAUUUCUGAAA